AAUGAGAUUGGCACAGGCCAAAACUGGGAUUCUGGUCGGAAUUUUAGAUGUGGGAUUUUUUGGAGUGGCCAUAAUAGUAACUCAAAUAGCGUUGCACGGAGGAGUUCGGACCGAUGUCGUCGGAAUUAUGGGUGCUGCUUUGAACAUUCUCAUGUACGGAUCUCCUCUAUCUGCCCUGAGAUCAGUGGUGAGGACCAAAAGCGUGGAAUAUAUGCCAUUCUUACUUUCCUUGUGCAUGUUUUUUAAUGGUGGCGUUUGGGUGCUAUAGAUCCUUGAAAGCGAUUGGAUCUUGGGGGUGCCAAAUGGAAGUGGGUUUUUGCUUGGAGCGAUACAACUGGUGGUGUAUGCAAUCUACAGAAAUCCUAAAUCCAGCAACAAAUUCAACCCAAACAAUGAGCACCACCAAGAUCCUCUCAUAUUAUCAUCUUGACCGUUCAAAUCAAUCCUGCUGCUUUUUUUUUUUUUUCCUUUCCUGGUGAAAAAAAUGAAUGCUACUUAAAAUGCACUACGCUGAAUAAGUUGUA